UGAGUUAGAAGUUCUCCCCAGAUCUACUGGAUAGGAACUUGUUCUAUAAAUAACUCUGCUCUGACACGGACAAGUCAUUCAGAUCAUUUCAGAUCUCACAAACUUCAUCACAGCCGUAAGGGACAUCAGGACAAACACCGUCGCGGAGUUUCAUCUCCGGAUCGGGACACCUUAUCCACCUUCUUGUCACGGAAAUAAAGAGAUAAAUAAAUAGAACUACAGCCGUGAAAAAAAACCAAACAAACAAAAAACACACACACACCAGGAGGACGGGGUUUACUGCGCAUGCGCGUUCGGCGCUCUGUUCAAAGUCUUUGCUGUGCGUGCAGUUUAAUUCUUCUUAUUCUUCUUAUUAAUUCUUUAAUAUUGUUAUUAUUUUGUGGCGCAGGGUUUGCGCGGAGGAUUUUAUUGCUCAUGACGUCAGGGGGCAUGACCUUAACCCGACUUUAGCUUUGCGGUGUCGUGUUGAAUAGAGAGAGAGCUUUUGGUUUGGCUUCGCUGCUUCUCUUCCGUCCGCGCGUGCACUUCGCCCCGUUCAUCAUCUCCCGCACACAACUGCGCCAUUUACCUCCAGGCUCUCCUGCGCAACUUUUUAUUCAUUUUUUAAACUGAAACUUUAACAAACAACAACAACAACAACAACAGGACCGAACGAGAGGAUUCCGACCCGCUGUUUGAUGAAGUGAAAAAUGUAAAUAAAUAAGAACUGCCCCCCAGGCUGUAGUUAUAGUUUUAGACUCCAGUUGUUGAGUAUCCAGCUGCAGGGUUUUACAUAACGGACUCUAUCUUUGUGGAAUUUUGCAUCCAAUCUGAUAUCUGAUCCAGCAGAGAGAGAAACAGACGACACGUCUGAUCUGAUGACAUGGGCAUGAGUUUUGUGCCCGCUUUAAACACUUGGACAGCCGGAGUGUUUGUGUAGGGUUUGUGGAGGCGUUCACUGCCAACACCACGGCUUUAGAUGAUAAACUGGAAUGAACUCGGUCACUUGGUGAAUAUUUGCUGCAGCCUGUAGAGAUGGAUUGUUGGCUGAAUAAUCCAGCCAAGAAUAUAUCUUUAGGGGAUCAACCCAUGAGAGACCUGCUGCAAAGCACAGGGAGCACCGUACCCACCAGCUCCUCUUCCAGUGACGUCUCGAAUGGACGGAGCAGCGUUAACGCUCACAGGGAGCUACCGAUGGGACACACCGCUCAAGAGCCAGACACUAAAGCCUUCAAGAUGCAGCAGCAGCUGAAGGAAGGUUUUAACCUGAAGGAUAACCUGGCUCUUUUGGACGAGAGCAUCGCCGAUUUAAACCGCACCUCAAGUUCCGACAAGUUGUGCUUUCGAACCCCUGAAGCAUUCACAUUCAAAAUGGAGGAGUUUUCCACUUUGAAUAAAUCUGACUAUGACUUUGGCUCCUAUGACCAGACGGAAAAAGACGAGUCUGGGAAUGACAGACUGCUAGAAGAGAACACCUUGGAUAUCUUACAGAGUCUGGAGCUACCUGGCUCUCUUUCAGACCUCAACGAGUUCUGUGUGGCAAAUGACGAUGCGUUUUUCCCUUCCCUGGCAGUGGAGGACACACCGCUCGUCGAGAGCAGCAUGCUGAAAGAUACCAAACCUGUCCUGCCUGGAAAAAACAUUAACGGCAAUGAUAAAGCACAUCCACAGCAGACUCUGGAACAUAACCUCAAUGUUCCUGUCAUAAAGACGGAGAAAGAUGCAGAUUUUAUUCAGUUGUGUACACCUGGUGUGAUCAAGCAUGAAAGUGAGAGGAGAGGCUACUGUCAGAUGACGACGAUGGCUGGGCAUCAUGGAGCGUCCGUCAAUCUGAGCAUGGACAGCCAGUCAUACCACUACGGUGCCAAUACUUCUUUACCAGACCAGAAGCCUGUAUUAGGCUUGUACGCCCCUUUGCCAACUGGCAGUGAUGGCUGGAUUCAGGGAAAUGGAUUUGGAGAUGCUUCUACCUACACAUACAACAGGUCUGUUCUGAGUCCUGACGCCAGCACUUUAAACUCACCCGGUUCCGCUCGACCCAAAGGCCCGAACAGCAAGAUCUGCCUGGUGUGUUCGGACGAGGCGUCAGGGUGCCACUACGGCGUUCUGACCUGCGGUAGUUGCAAAGUUUUCUUCAAAAGAGCUGUAGAAGGAUGGAGAGCACGACAAAACACACAUGGCCAACACAACUAUCUUUGCGCUGGGAGAAACGACUGCAUCAUCGACAAGAUCCGCAGGAAGAACUGUCCGGCCUGCCGCUUUCGCAAAUGCCUCCAAGCAGGCAUGAACCUAGAAGCACGCAAAAACAAAAAACUGAUCCGACUGAAAGUGCAGCAGGCCACGGCCUCGCCCCCGCCCUACAUGGCCACUGAGCGUCAGUCCUCUCUGGUGCUCAAGUCCAUGCCUCAGCUCGUACCCACCAUGCUGUCACUGCUGAAGGCCAUCGAGCCUGAAAUUGUGUACGCCGGCUACGACAGCAGCAUCCCCGACACCUCCACACGCCUCAUGACCACCCUGAACCGACUCGGGGGACGCCAGGUCAUCUCCGCCGUCAAGUGGGCCAAAGCCCUGCCAGGUUUCCGGAAUCUGCACCUGGAUGACCAGAUGACCCUGCUGCAGUGCUCCUGGCUCUUCCUCAUGUCCUUCAGCCUCGGUUGGAGAUCUUACCAGCAGUGCAACGGAGGCAUGCUGUGCUUCGCCCCUGACCUUGUCAUCAAUGAGGAAAGGAUGAAGCUGCCCUACAUGAGUGAACAGUGUGAGCAGAUGCUGAAGAUCACGAACGAGCUGGUGCGUCUCCAGGUCUCCUACGACGAGUAUCUGUGUAUGAAAGUGCUGCUGUUGCUCAGUACAGUACCAAAGGAUGGGCUGAAGAGCCAGGCUGUGUUUGAUGAAAUCCGCUUGUCCUACAUUAAAGAACUGGGCAAAGCCAUCGUCAAACGGGACGAGAACUCCAGCCAGAACUGGCAGAGGUUCUAUCAGCUCACUAAGCUUUUGGACUCCAUGCAGGAGAUGGUGGAGGGACUUCUUAACUUCUGCUUCUACAUGUUUGUGAACAAGUCCCUGAGUGUAGAGUUCCCUGAGAUGCUGGCUGAAAUCAUCACCAACCAGCUUCCGAAAUUCAAAGACCGGAGCAUCAAGCCACUUCUCUUUCAUCAAAAAUGACUGCCUUAGAUGAUGACAAUGCCUUAAAUCCACCGGUAGCCUAACAGCCCCGAGGUGACCUUCAGCUAUCACGGCUUAACUGAGUGAGACUGCAUGGGUUUUAUUUUUAAGUGAGUGUGUGUAAAUGUUGCUCGAGAGGGAGCGUGAAAGAAAGAACGUUAAAGAGCGUCCAUGGCACAGACGAGGACUGGAGAUAUACACACACACACACACACACAGUAUAUAUAUAUAUAUAUAUAUAUAUAUAUAUAUAUAUAUAUAUAUAUAUAUAUAUAUAUAUAUAUAUAUAAGCCUCCUUCAACCCUUUAUUCUCAUGAAUCACCAUUAUAAUCGUUUCUGCAGAAGCAUUCGUUCGGGAUCUGGCUCGUUUUAGAUGAGAAGACAUUUUGCUUGUACGCUGAUGCGAUGUUUACAAAGGAACAUCAGAAACGGGAAAAUGUGCCUUUAAAAGAAUAUUUGUUCAUGUAAAUGGCUCACAUGCUUUCUGUGUUUGUGUCUCGCACCUUAAACGCGACAGUGUUUUCCGCUCUGCUUCAGAACAACACUGUUUGGGUGUGUAAGGUCGGCAGCUCAGUAAUCCUCAGGAGUGCUGAAAGUCAGGACGUAAUCCCUGAAGCCACGCCAUGGAAAAUAAAAGCCCUUUUUAACUCCUAUGCUGCGCUCGAAAAUAUUAUACGAUGCUUUUCGCUGCUCUUUGAGGUCUUUUGUCACUGGCUACACGUUGUUCGUGCUCUCGCGCAGGUGUCGGAUCACCUCGUUAACCGUGCUCACGUGUUCAGAGUUGGAAUUGAAGUGUGCGUUCCCUGUAUGUCGAGACGCAGCUCUCUGCGUGCUACGAAACAGCAGGGGUCGUUCUCUGCCGCACGAAGUAAACCGGGUAAACUCAAAGUACUUCAUAAAAAAAUGCUGAAAUGAUCUAGAACUCGAUUUUCCGUGUAGUUGUAGUAGCACGGCGAAAAGGAGUUCGCUUGUUGCGACUGUUCGGUCAGAUUACAGCAGCAGCAGAUCGACUCGUUUCAGACUGAAACGGAUUCAUGGAUCGGACCGCGAUCUCCGGAGCUGUGAGUCCGUGCCGUUCCCCGCUGCACCACCGUGCCUAGUCCGGAAAAAAUAAUACUAUUUUAAAUUGAAUUGUUGAACAAAAUUAACCUUUACAAAUGCUUUUACCUACUUAAAACAUCGAAUCAGAUCAGUGUCGAAGCUGAGAACGUUGCUGUGGACGUUUGGUCACAAAACAGAAAAUACAGUACGUGCCUUUAUCUGGGAAGAACAUGCUCAUCAUAUCAGCAGUACUUUAUCUUUACCCGGGUUUACUGUUGGUAUAGGACGUGUGUGUGUGUGUGUGUGUGUGUGUGUGUGUGUGUGUGUGUGUGUGUGUGUGUGUGUGUGUGUGUGUGCAGGUUCGCAGACAGCUUUACUGUGACCGCUAGUGUCUUUUUUCUGCACGUCCAUUGUUCCCAUUUGUUUCAGUCCUCCUGUAGAGUUUGUUUAAUUGGAGAACGGUUUUAAAGUCUGUAACCCUUUUUGUUUUAUUUCCUUUGCGUGCCCUCGCUGUGCCAAAGCCUGCACCCCGUCUCCUAUACGCUCAGGCCCGAGUCUUCUUGUCCUUCUGUCUGCUCAAGGGAUUUUAACGUGAGAGCGAUUUGUUGUAUUUUUAUCAAACUGCACCAGCAAAGCUUUAUACGAGUACCUGACGUCCCCAAGCCAGCGUCGUCAUUUUAGCGUGCACAUUUAUUUACGGUGUGUAGGAGUACUUUUAUUUCUGACUGUGACCAGAACAUGACUGUGUUUAAAAAGAAAGAAUGUUUUUUUUUUUUUUUCUUCCUGUUUUCCUCAAACACAGCGAGGUCUUUAUUUAACCGCAGUCAUUUUGGUUCGGAUCAGUCUGUUAUAAACCCUAUUCUAUGACUUUUCUGUAAGACUGCACUAUGGACAAGCAUUAUUUUGGCUUUCACACAACGUUCCCACGUACACACGCCCAUCUGUUCCUCACUCGUCACCCUGGAAAUUUCGGGUGUCUGCAGAGAUCUGCGAAUUCUGUUUCAUGCCUUUUCAUGCCAUGUUAAUGUACUUUGAGGUUUAGCUUUUGUUUAGCUUUGACGGUGUGACAAGUGACUCAAAAUGCCUUUUAAAAAUGUCUUAAAGCUCUGUUUGUAAAUGAAAGCCCGAGUGCUUUCUCUGUGACGGUCAGCGUUUUAUACCUGUUUUAUGUCCGUCGCUGUGUACGGGACUCGGUUUUCCCCUCGCGCACGUUUCCCGUCUCUAUAUCAGGCUCUUACGCCAUUGAAAGCGUGUUGGUGAAUAUUAUAUCUCGCUAGUGUUUGUUGAGUAGCUGUAUUUGACACCUUUUUUGCUUAAUACUAAAUACGUAAUUUGAUUGGACAACAGGCGUUCUGUCAGUACUGACAUCACUGAUACGCUCAGGUAUUAUACAACCCUGGACAUGUUUAUGAAAAUAACAUUAAAUGAUCACGUUAUAUUUAUAAUGCACGUAAAAGCGAACUCAUUUAGACAGUAGAUCGGAGUUUUAAUGGCAUUGAGGCACAAGAUGAUUUUCCACCGAUCUGCAGAUACCUGAAACAGAUCUUUAGUACACGGAACGGGUUUUUAUUUUUUUACGUUUGGGUCAGAUGGUUUUACAAAGACAAACUGGGAUUGUUUUCUCACUUUAUCUUCCCAAACCCCCAAUAAAUCCACGACGGUCCUCGCUAGUUCUUAUCCUACAGCAGUUGUAGAAAAUCUGAUGUGCCUCGUAUCUGACUGCGUUUCCUGUAAUUUGAUUGCAUUAGAUGCUUUUGUCAUGAUUGUAUUUUGUUGUUUUUUUUAAAAAAAUGUGUUUGCACUUUUAUGUAAAACAAAGUGUUAUGUUUGCCUUGUAAGUAAUUCUCUAAAUGAAUGGAAAAGACUUCCGAACGAUCACUGUGUUUUAAAGACUUCAGAUUGGGAAUGUAGAUUUUUAUAGCGGCUAAAGCACGCCAGAGUAAUGACAUCAUGAUGACGACGAUGAUGACGACGAUGAUGACGAUGAUGACGACGAUGAUGACGACGAUGAUGAAAGUGUUUAAAGCAGUUGUAUUUUUCAGUAGCACUUGGUUUCAUGUUUGGAAUGUGUUGUUUUACUUCAUGUUUUAUUUCCUUUCCUGGCUUUGGUCUCAUGCAUAUCGAUGUGAAAAUGAACCAGUCUCUUGGAGAAAAAGAAAAAGAAAGAAAAGACUGCGCGUGAACGUGACGGACCAGAGCCUGAGGAUUUGCACUACCCUAAUACUGGUCUGAGAAAAUCCUUUCUGUAAAACAUUAACGCAGAUAUUCUCGUGAAAGUUAAAGGCAGAGAUAUUUCACUGGUAUAUAUAUAUGGCUUAUAUCAAAAUAAAUAGAUUCAAGUUUUGUUUGUAUUUUAGUCCAAAGUAAAGAAGAAUGUCUGUUUAAAAUAGUUUUGUAUUACACUUCAGUAGCCAAUCAAUGUCCAUCUUUACACAUUUGAUUAAAUGUUGAAGACGAUCGUGUCGAGUGAGGAAGCAGAA